AUGAACGGCUUCGCAUCGCACCGUCUUGACGAGGAUGCAUUUGGGGAGAAGUCAAACCUCAAAGGCGGCUUGAAGACUUUCGAUGCUUUUCCGCCUUCUCGUCGCGGAGGACAAUGGACGGUCCUGAUCUUGCUCGUUUGCACCUUCUUCUCGAUAUCCGAGUUCCGCACGUGGCUUAAAGGCACAGAGAAGCACCAUUUCAGCGUUGAAAAAGGAAUCUCCCAUGACCUGCAACUGAACCUGGACAUUGUCGUCAACAUGCCCUGUGACACGCUGGAUGUGAAUAUCCAGGAUGCUUCGGGCGACCGCAUUCUCGCCGGCGAGCUGUUGAAACGUGAGCGCACGAGCUGGAAGCUGUGGAUGGACAAGCGCAAUUACGAGACCUACGGCGGUGCGCACGAGUACCAGACUCUAAGCCAGGAGCACGCCGAUCGUCUGUCGGAGCAGGAGGCCGACGCGCAUGUGCACCAUGUUCUCGGUGAGGUGCGGAGGAAUCCCCGGAAGAAGUUCGCCAAGGGUCCGAAGCUGCGGAGGGGUGAUCCUGUUGACUCGUGUCGGAUUUAUGGUAGUCUGGAGGGGAACAAGGUCCAGGGUGAUUUCCAUAUUACGGCGAGGGGACAUGGGUACCAUAACAAUGCACCUCAUCUGGAGCACAAGACCUUCAACUUCUCCCACAUGAUCACCGAGCUCUCCUUCGGCCCUCACUAUCCCACUAUCCUCAAUCCCCUCGACAAGACCAUCGCUACAACUGAAGACCACUACUACAAGUACCAGUACUUCCUCUCCAUCGUGCCAACCAUCUACUCCAGAGGCAACCUCGCACUAGACACCUACACCAGUGCUCCGCCCACAAACCGCCACAGCAAAAACCUCAUCUUCACCAACCAGUACGCGGCGACCAGCCAGUUUAGCGCGAUUCCCGAAAACCCUUACUUCGUCCCGGGCAUCUUCUUCAAGUACAACAUCGAGCCCAUCCUGCUUAUGAUUAGCGAGGAACGCACCAGUUUCUUGUCCUUGCUCGUGCGGCUAGUGAAUACCGUCUCCGGAGUUAUCGUGACGGGUGGCUGGUUGUAUCAGAUGUCCGGGUGGGUUGGCGAGCUGCUCGGGAGGAGGAGAAGGGGGAAGUCUGAGGGUGUUCUUACUGGGCGCCACGAGGCGGACGAUUGA